GGGGAGAGCGCUACGCCCACUUCAAUCCAACAUUGCCUAGGUAACAGGGUCAGAAAACCGUCACAUGGUCUCGCUUCCAAGCAUGAAUGGUCUACUUCUCUCAAUUCCUCACGAUAACUCUUGCGCAUAACCUCCUUCCAGUUUCUUCAGAGGCCGAAUGGGACAUGCAUGGGGAACCUGCAUUCGGCAGUCCCCGUCACAGCAACACGUCGCGAUACCUCCUCAACGGAGCGUGGCUCCGGAUUGCGUGCUUUAAUACUGCAGUGCACACGUUCUCCUUUCCUUGGACAUAGAGAUAGCGAAUAUCAAGGCGCAUCCGGCUGGUUUGGCGUUAACCGUCAGCCACUUCGCUUUGGCUGCGAGUGUUAUAAGGGAAGUAUGAGUACUUCGAACAAUCGCUGGAACACAUCGUCGUUACUGACAGGCGAACUAAAAUCUUUUGAUCUUCGACCUUUCAGUAGCACGACCAUCCACGAGAUCUACAUCAUACUCUGCCACCAGCCUGUUCGAACGGCAACAGUUCCAGUUACACUCUUUACGGCCCCAACGCGUCAUCCAUUCAAACCCAGAUGUCUCUAUGCAGGUUCAUAUGAAUUCUCAAGGAGCCUCCUAUUCACCUAUCGAAUCCCGUCCGUCCCACCGAAAGGCGGGGAAUCAUUGUUGGUAGUGAGACAACGCAUGCAAGGGGCGCAUCCCUUACGCACGCUGUGUCACGAUGCGUUGAGCUUAUUUGGACCUCGUCCAUGAGAGUCCUCGGUCAGUGCGCGAACAAGAACUCCCCGCCACAGUACUUAGCGAUGAAACAGAUGAGCAAAGCGCAACUUUGAAGCCAGCCAUACACUAUAUGGCAGAGACUCACCAUAUCUCAGUACUGAUGUCACUCGUGUUGGGCCUUACCAUCGGAGUUGUAAUACCUAGAUCACCAACUACAUGUCAACGCUUCAUUGAAACAUGCUUAGGCAUUUACGUACAUGAGUUUUCCCGUUGCUCCCUAAUCUCUUUAGUUGCGCCUUACUUAUGUCGUGCAAUAACACUCCAGAGCAUUUUCUUCUGCAUUAUAUCUGUGCAUGCGCUAAAUCAGCUGAAAAAUGCCGUAUAUAUAGAAGUUGCAUAUACGUCGAACAUAGACCCCAAAGGUGUGACCUG